AUGUGUACAUUACGUAAAAAUAACGAUUCCCGUCCAGUCAUUUACUUAGACGAGACCUGGGUGAAUCAAAACCAUUCCAAAAAUUAUACAUGGCAAAAUGAAGAGGAAACUGAAGGUUUAAAAGUACCUACCGGUAAGGGAGGCCGACUCAUUGUUUGCCACGCAGGUUCAAGUCAUCAUGGUUUUAUUAAGGAAGCAAAAUUAAUUUUUCGUAGCAAAUCAGGUAAUACAGAAGACUACCAUAGUCAAAUGAAUGCUGACGUUUUUAGAUCUUGGUUCGAACAAUUAUUGCAAUCCCUUGAAGAACCAUGUGUCAUCGUUAUGGACAACGCUCCAUACCACUCAAUGUUGGAACAUAAUUUUCCGAAAAGCAAUGCCCGAAAAGCCGAUAUUCAAGAAUGGUUGACUAAAAAAAAAAUUAAUUUUUCUCCACUUGAAACAGUUGCUGAGCUUCGUGAAAAAGUUAAAGUUUUAAUACCGACCGAAAAAAAAUACGAACUGGAUGAAUUUGCCUUUAAAAUGGGACAUGAAGUUGUACGAUUACCACCAUAUCACUGUCAGUACAAUCCAAUCGAAAUGAUAUGGGCACAAGCAAAGAGACAGGUUGCAUCUAAAAAUACAACCUUCAAGAUGGCUGAUGUUGAAAAGCUAAUGCACGAAGCCAUAGAUUCAGUGAAAAAAGAAAAUUGGGAAAAUUGCGUACGUCAUGCCGAAAAAUUACAGGACGAAGAUUAUGAAAAAGAAAAACAUAGAGAAGUCAUUUUGGAGCCUAUUAUUCUCACAAUACAACCAGGUGACACAAGUAGUGAUGAAGACGACGAGGAAGACGACAUAAUAUAA